GAGAUGGGGGCGUCGCGGGCACCGAGAGGGUGAGAGCCAGAGGUGCCACGGGCAGCGGGGACCCUGCAGGGCCCGGGGUGUCGCGGGCAGCGGGGACCCCGCAGGGCCGGGUUGGUGGCGGGCGCGGGGCGGGCGGUGCUGCCCUGACCCGGCGGCGGAAGCGCGGCUCGCGGCGCCCACUUCCUGGCCGAGCAGCGCGGCGAGCCCAGAGCCGGGGGCGGCGGGGCCAGCGCGCCCCGCGCCCGCCACCAACAUGCCCUUUGACCUCCGGAGGUUUGACAUCUACAGGAAGGUGCCAAAAGACCUUACACAGCCAACCUACACAGGGGCUAUUAUCUCUGUCUGCUGCUGUCUCUUCAUACUGUUUCUCUUCCUGUCUGAGCUCACUGGAUUCAUAGCCACUGAAAUAGUUAAUGAGCUCUAUGUGGAUGAUCCAGACAAAGACAGUGGAGGUAAAAUAGAAGUGAAUCUGAACAUCAGUUUGCCAAACCUGCAUUGUGAAUUAGUUGGACUAGACAUCCAAGAUGAGAUGGGAAGGCAUGAAGUGGGUCAUAUUGACAACUCGAUGAAGAUACCUCUCAAUAAUGGGGAUGGCUGCAGGUUUGAGGGCCAUUUCAGCAUCAACAAGGUCCCUGGUAACUUCCAUGUGUCAACGCACAGUGCCACUGCGCAGCCUCAGAAUCCUGACAUGACUCACGUCAUCCACAAACUCUCAUUUGGGGACAAGUUACAGGUCCAUAACGUUCACGGAGCAUUCAAUGCCUUGGAGGGAGCAGACAAACUCAGCUCAAAUCCUCUUGCCUCUCAUGAUUAUAUAUUGAAGAUAGUCCCGACGGUGUAUGAAGAUAUGAGCGGCAAGCAGCGAUACUCAUACCAAUAUACUGUAGCAAAUAAGGAGUAUGUAGCCUACAGUCACACUGGCCGCAUUAUCCCAGCUAUCUGGUUUCGUUACGAUUUGAGCCCCAUCACAGUGAAAUACACAGAAAGGCGACAGCCUUUGUACAGGUUCAUUACAUCGAUAUGUGCCAUCAUUGGAGGAACAUUCACAGUAGCUGGGAUCCUUGACUCCUGCAUUUUCACAGCAUCAGAGGCCUGGAAGAAGAUCCAGCUGGGGAAAAUGCAGUAGCAGCAAAACUCUACCCUAGUCUUCAAGGACAGGAGGAAAGAUUGAGAAAUCUACCACUACCUGCUUUUGUCUUUAUUUUCUAUUUGAUUGAAUCAGUAAGUUUUUCUCUAAUCAGGCUGUUCAGUGAAGACAUCUUCAACAAAUCAAAGAAAUCUCCAUGCAUUUCAGAGCUCUGAGAGUGAAUAAUCAAUGGAAUCAGGGUGUGGAUUUCGAUUCUCUCCCCCCAGAAAGAGAGGUUGAAAUGUUGUAUAUGAAUUACACUGUCAGAUCUAAGGAUGGCAGCUUGUUCCCUGGGAGGUUCCUAUGGCAGUGUACAAUCUAGGCAGUAAAUUGCAAAGAGUUGAGCUGUCUUGUGGCACUUUUUAGAAUUCUGCUGGAUUUGCAUGAUCAGACAAUCGACUUUUGUAUAAGGCAAAAUUAUAUGUUAGGAAGAAAUUCCACCCAUGGUGCCAAAAAGGUGAUGUGUCUGUUGGUUAGGAAUGGAAAGUGUUAGUCCCUGUAGCAAACUUUAGAGAUGGAGGGCAGAAAUAACAUCAAGAAAUGCUUUGUGCUUUUAUUGAAAGCUCUUUUGUUCAGAUAUGACCUUUCUAAUGAAGUGAGCAAACAAGAAGAAGCAGCCUUCCGACAGCUACUUUUUCCUGGGUAAUCCGUGACCCAGGCAGCGGAGGGCCUUUCUUUUACUCUGGAUGUAAAAGUGGUUUCAUUUCUUCCCAGAAACUGAGUAUCCAGUCUUGUGUUUACAGGUGGCAAGAAGUAAAAACCAAACUGAGCAACACAGUUUUAUGUGGCCUUUGCUUUGAAAGGGAAUAGUUGUCUUUAGAGCAUUAGCUUUUUUUUUGUUAUGCUUUUUAAACACAGACCACCCAGCAGUCUAGAUUCUGCACUUCUGCUUUAUUAUUAUUGUUGUUGUUAUUUUGAGAAGGAGUUGUAUAUUCUAUUUGUUCAGAAAAAUAGUGCAGUCUUCUGGGUGGAUGAUGAGCACAGCUUACUGUCCUGCUUUGUGCGUGGAUAUCGAAUACACCUGUCAAACGCGGGAAGUCUGUUCAGGGUUUAAGGUGCCCCCCUUUUCUUUUAAAAUCUGAUUGGGCAUCUUUUCUGAGCCCUAGACUGACACAGUUCACCGACAGGUAUACUAGGAGCAGGGCAGGCAUUCCCAGAAAUUGGGCCCUGCUAGUAGUUGGUUUGUUUUAUUCCUUAAAAUGGUACCUUAGCUUCCACGCCCAUGAAUUCAAGCCUUGUCUUCUGGGGCCUCCAAUCAGUGGAGGUGUGAGGGGAAAACUACUGCCAGUUAUGGCUUGCAUGUAAUGGCAGACGUGAGUUGACUAAAAUUAGACCGAUACCCACCAGUGCGUUUUCCGUAGCCUCUUAAAUGUUCCUUGAGUAGUAACAGUCUCUGCAUGCUUUGUAAAUGUCUGAGCUAAGGAUACACAAAUUUUAAUUGUUCCAGGAUGGAUAAAAAUCAUAAAGAAUCUUUUAACUGAAUCAAUGCUGUAAAUUCUAAGACAGGUGCAGGAUUUCUCUUGGACACUAUCUACUGCCCCCUGCCAUUUCCUGGAGGCAAAAGUAUUCAAACGUUAUACUGUAAUAAAAUGAGUAGUUGAAUAUUCAGUGUUAACGCUAGAGUCGGAUGCAUUUCAAAAGUAUUCCUAAUACUUGUCUGUAGAAAAUGUCUCAUUGCUUUGGAAGUAGGGAAGGUAGCCAGUUUUAUCUGCACACCAAAAAGAAGCUGCCAACCACCCUCCCCCUGCCGUCCUCUGCCCUGUAGUGAUUUGGGAGAAAUUACAGCAUCGGAAUUUUUUCCCUGUUCUUAUGAUGGACUGAUUGCGAUUACCAUAGGUGUAAACUGGAUUGUGUAACUUCCUGUAUCUGUUAAUGUAGAUUUUAUACAUUUUUUUCCAUUUACAAAAAUCAACUUGAAAAUGAGAUGCUUGUCUUCAUUUCAAUGCGUGUGUCCGUGUGCCUGGGAGCGGUACCCACUGGAUGGCAGUGGCUGCCCUGCGGGAGCUGGGAUUUUCCAUUGCAAUAUUUUCUCUUGCUGGCCGAAGGAUUUCUUCUAAUCCACUGUGACCAGCUGAAGCUUCGAACAAAAACGUCCUAGUUUUUCCUCUGGAAUUUGUUGAGCUUGGGAACCCUGUGAAUUACAAGGAUGUAAUUUUUAAUAUCUUAGCAGUGGGUCGUUUUCCAAGGGAAGAUCUGUGCAGUGCAGUCAAUUGUACUGUUAGUUUUCUGAAAUUCCUUCCCUGGUUCAAUUUCUUUCACACAAAUAAGCAAAGCUGUUUGCAGAUUCCUUGUGUCCCCUGGCAUGUUAUUUCUGCCCUUCUCGCCAUCCUCUGUCCGAAUUAAACGCUGCCUUCUGUGCAGCCCAGACCAAUUCUCUAAAUCACACCAGAGAAACUGUUUGGCUUUUAUGAAAUAACAAUUGCAUACUUCAGCGUGCCUGCUGUCUCUGCCAAAAUAUCCACUGCAAUAACCUAAUAAAUCACAUUUUUUUGUUAGAUGUGGAAACCAAAUUGUACUCAAGUUCUGGCAAAACUCGGCUGAAGAAACAGUCCGCACCUUAGUUCCCUAAACCAGCUCUAAGCCUGUGAGUGCUGCCAAGCCAAGGCUGCCUUCUGGGUCUGCUGGGAGUUGUGGCAAGCUUGUCCUUCAGACGUGGCUGGCUUCAGUCGUGUCAUGAUGCUGCAUCACGUGUUUACAGAAGAAUCUGCUCUUCAUCUCUCCAAAUGUGAAGGCGAGGUAGUUACUGUUGGAGUAGUCCUGCCCUGUGCAUACAUGCCUCGUUAGAUAUCAGUUUUAUUUUCAAACACAAAGGAAAAAUGAGCUUAGCUAUGCUUUUAGACAUCAAUGCAGACAAAAAUAGUUUCAAGCCAUAGUGGAAGGAAAACCAGCAGUCGUAGGUGUGCGUAUUCCUGACUUUCCUCUUUCAUAUUAUCAGUAUUUUGACAGAAUUAUUUGUGCUUUUCCAAGGCAGACAUCUCUGUAGGCAGUAAAAUAUUUAGAGCUUGAAUAUAUUCUGGUUUAAGUAAGUCCCUCUAAAGCUGCGCUCCAUCAUACGGGGAGAAGUUGUGGGGUAGGAGGCUUUGCAAUGGUGAAGUUAAAAUUUUUAGCUCUAGGGAAAGCUGUGCUUAGGUUUAUUCCAGGCAGUAUGUGGACGGAGAUGAAAAAAAAAAUGGAAAUGGGGUAAGAAAAAACGGGAAGAUAGGCAUUUGUGAGUGUUUGAGCUGAUGCAUCAAAUACUAGCAUUCAACUACUGCUCUGUAAAAAGUGAAAUACGCAGCAUAGGUGGCAAUGUCUGUGGUUAAUUUCCGAUUUCUCGUUUGAAGUUGGUUUUUAUUUGUGUGAUACACAAAGUGUUUGGGCUAGAAAUGACUGUGAUGAGUAUCUGCUUUGGAGCAGUCGUUAAAAAUGAAAUGUGUGAAUGAGGUAUUUCUCAGUAGUCCUUGGAAGAAGGGAGAGGGAUGGGGAGGGAGUCUUGUAGCGUGUUAUGGCAAUGUUUAAAGCACAAGUAUUUUGCAUUUUUUAGAGUGGAGAUUAUUAAGGAGUUAUGGCAUUUCUCUUAUAAUUUGCAACCUCAUUUUAAUAAAAUAUUAGCCUUUUUAGUUCUAUAAUUAAAAAUAAAACUUGUCAUGUUUUGAUUGGCUUGUUGUUGCACUGCUGUUGCAAAAUCCAUCUAAAAGGGCUUUUUUUCUUUUGUUUUAUUUAUUAUUUCAGUGAACUAAGCGUUAUCGCACAAUGAAAUGACUAUAAGCCAGGUCACUGUGUAGAAAGUUAACACGAGGCUCUUUUGUAAUCGGCACUGAGUCAUGUCUGGACAUUCAGUGCUUGGUUUCAAACAGUACCAAGUGUCCUAACCUCCCUUUUUUAAUGAGAGGUGAGUGGACUGUGCUUGGAACUUGCUGGCUUUGGCUUCAGUCUCUGCACCACUUGGUGUAUCAAAUAACCUGUUUUUUUUCAUGUCCCCUCCUUUAAUUUCCUUUUAGCCUU